AUGGUGGCGCCUGAGGCCCGAGUGGCUGAGGCUCCAGUGCACCGUUACGCAGCCACAGCGCACCUGCUGCGGCUCAUGAAGGUCUUGUACUUUUUGAGCGGGUUCUCCGCCUCGUCGUUUGGCCGGUUCGCCACUCUCUUCUACCUCGACUCGGGCCUCGACGCGCAUCGCAUCGGCAUUGGCGCGCAGCCCAUCGUCGCGCUGCUCGGCAAUCAGCUCUUCGGCCUCCUCUCCGACUCGCUGCAGCGAAAGAAAGCGGUCGCCCUCGUCGCACGGGCCGUCAGCACCGCCCUGCUGCUCGCGCUGCCGAUGCCUCACUGGGUGCUCGAUGCGUACACGCUCGACCUUCUCGGCGACGAGCGGCGGGGCGAGUACGGCCGGUGGGUCGCCGACCAUCUCGGCUUCGACUACAACUUCGUCGUCAGCGGCGCGCUCAACCUGCUCGCGAUCGGCGCAGCGCUCCGGCCUCGCUUCGUCUUCUUCCUCUGCGAGAUGAUGGCGAUCGGCCUCGCGUUCACGGUGGUCGAGAAGUUCAUCUUCGUCUUCAUCAUCAAAGAGCUGGGAGGCUCGCAGAGCCUGUGCGGCUACUCCGUCGCCGUGAACGUUAUCUUCGAGGCCAUGGUCCUCCUCUCACUCCUCGCCUACGCGCUGCGUGUCUUCGGCUAUUCCUGCCUCCAGCCGCACACAGUCUGGGCCUUGCUCGCGCUGGAGCCGCUCCACGGCAUCACGUACGCGCUCUCGUGGACCGCCGCCGUGGACAAGGUCAAGGCGGAGGUGCCCGCCGCGUGGCAGACCUCAGGCAUGCUCCUCCUAAACUCGGCGAUGUGGUGUGCCGGCCGCACCGCCGGUUCCCUCCUCGGCGGCUCCUUCCUGCAGCAUGGCCGCGCAUUUGGCCACAGCGGAGGGCGCGCGCUCUAUCUUGUCGCCGCUUGCGCUUCUGCUGGCCUCAUCGCCGCGCACGUGGGCGGCAGGAGGGGUGGGCGGCUGCGAGGGUGCGGACACGAGAUAGUGAUCGAGAGUGACACGACAUAG